CAUUCACGACCCUCUCCCUACUCAAUCCCUUAUUUAAAUGAAGUCCCAACCGAACCACCAUCCCCACAACACCACCAUUCGCACUUUGCAUAACGACACUUCCAAGUCUUUUCACCUCCGACCGCCAGCCGAUAUCACCGCCGAAGUUUCAGAUUACUAUAGCUAAAAAAGAAGGGGGGAAAAUGGCGUGGUUACUCUCUUUGAAGGCUACGUUGAUGUCCGCUGGAGUUAUUUCCAUGGCUCUGGCUCUGAAGGUCUCUGUUCCUCUAGUUUUCGAGUUUUCAGUUCUGUAUGUUCCUCUGAUUUGGAACUCCCUCAUUUCUUGCUUGAGGCCUCCUUACAUUUACAUUAUCAUAAACGGAAUCAUCAUCUCCAUCGUCGCCUCCACGCGUUUCCACCAGAAGGAAGCCGACGCUUACGUUGAGAUUCCUUCUGCAACUAAGCCUUCGGAGGAUAUCGGAUACAGAGAGAUUGUUUCGGAAUACGCUGUUUUAGAAUCGCCGACGGUUUACGAACAGAGAGAUGAACUGAUUGUUUCGGAGGUGAAAGCUAUCGAUGCGAUUGAUUUCCAGGUUGAGGAGGUAAUUGCUCCGGAAGUGAAGGAAAUCGAGGCGGUGAUCUUGCCGAGAGAAGAAGUAAUUGCUCCGGAAACCAAGGUUAUCGAAGCGAUUAGCUCCGUUGAAGCUGAAGCAGAGGAUGAGGACAAAUUCGUCAUAUCCACAAAUAGGACCUGGAAUUCAUUGGAGAGGAUGAGAUUACCAGAGAAACCGCUCGUUUCUUCCAGAUUUGGCCACCGGAAAUCCGCUAAAGCGAGUCCUGAAGGCGGAAAGGCGCUGGGAGUAAUAUCGAAGGCGAAACGGCACGAGACGCUAGAGAACACGUGGAAGGCGAUUACGGAAGGGAGAGCAAUGCCGUUGAGCAGGCACACGAAGAAGUGGGAGACGUGGGAGAAUCAGGGGCGUCAGGUUAACGGAGGGGAGGUGGAAAUGAAAGCGGAGACAUUGAAGGAGAGGAGGAAUGAGGGGAUGACGUCGGUGAAGCUGAGGAAAGAGGCGUCGAUGAGUCAGGACGAUUUGAACCGGCGAGUGGAGGAUUUCAUAAGGAGAUUCAAUGAGGAAAUGAGGCUGCAGAGGGAACAAUCGUUGAAGAAGUAUUGGGAGAUGGUGAACUGUGACAGCUGAUCUUCUUCUUCUUCUUCUUCUUCUUCUUCUUCUUCUUCUUCUUCUUCUUCUUUGGUUUCUUAUACAUAUAUUUCCCUUUUGGAGCUUUUUUAUUCCUAUGGGUAAAUUUUUGAUUGGUCAAAAAAUAUAGGAAGGAAAUUAAUUACUUUUUUCUUUUUAGGGUUGUAAAAUUGAAAAAUAUAUCUAUAGCUAUUAUAUAUUUGAAUUGUAAUGUUAGAAUUGCUCUAUAAUAGGCAAACAAGUUAUAGGGUUUGUAUAAGUUAUUUUGUUUUGUUUCUUUUCCAUGUACAAAUCAAUGUGAUUAUUAUUAUUGUAAGGAAAAAUUCAAUGGGUUAUGGGUGUUCAUAACUUAAUCUUUUA